UUUUAUAACACAUACAUAUUUUUUUAACGCUCUUGUAAGCAGAGAACGUUACCGUUUAUUGAAUUUAAACACGCAGGGCUAUUUGUCUCUCACAUACAUUGUACGCGUCAUGAUAAUUUUAUUUAUGUAUAUAACGCAAAAUAGAAAAACGCAAGAAUGCAUAUUCUCGUCCAAUAACUCCCCUUUGCUGCACCCUUUCAUUAUAAUACAUACUUGCAAAUACGUGGAGCGUAUUCAUUACGUAACGGCUCGCGAAAGAACUUUUAUUUCUCAUAAUAUCAACUUGCAGUACGAUAUACGAAACAUACUACAGUCAUGCGAAGAAAAGUGAUGCUAAAAGAAGUAAUUUCCGUCGUGAAGUUAAGUUUGUUUCCAGUUUGGGGUUGGCCCCUGCCACAAGAUACGACAAAAUUUAAAAUAUUCUGUGUAAAACUGCAUCAUUAUUUGUGCAUAAUUUUAGGGCUGGGCCUAAUGGUACCAUUGACAUAUGGUAUUACAAAUUAUCUCGAUGAUCCUAUCACCUUAGUAAACCAAAUCCUUGUAUUAAGCAGCACUUCUCACGCCAUCGCUAACUUUAUCUUUGAGAUAGUUAAUUACCAUCGCAUACAGAAUGUUACUUUUGAAAUGGUACAUUUUUGUGAUUUAAUGAAACCACAUGAAGAAGUUGUGAUCCAACGGUACAUUAACAAAUGUAUCAUGUUUCAUAGUAUAUGUCUAUUUUUUAUCUAUUUUCCUAUAACAAUCGCAGUUCCUGUCUUAUUGCAUCAGCCAUUUCCAGUAAUAAUCAAAUAUCCAUUUAAUAUAUCUUAUCAACCGGUAAAAACAAUAAUUUUUAUACAUCAAUCCAUGAUGGCAAUAAUGAUAGCAGGACAAUUAUGCAUGAAUAUUUUGAUGGCUCUAUUACUGUGGUUUACAUCGGCAAGAUUUGAAAUUCUGAUUGAAGAGCUGAGGAAGAUUACAAAUGUCUAUCAACUUUUCAAAUGUAUUAAAAAACAUCAAGAAUUACUCAAAUACGCGAGGGAAGUUACAAUCGCUGCUCGUCCUUUUGCGUUUUCAACUAUAUGUUGUAGCACGGUUUGCUUAAUAUUAGUCUUUCUUUUGGUUAUUAAAAAGCUUUAA